CACUCCCCCACUUCUCCCGCCCCUUCCUCCUCCCCACCACCAGAGCUAGGUCCGUUGUUGCCCACCGCCCGAGAUCUGCCAGCUGCGUGCCCACGAGACUUUUCUUUGAGUAAACAAGUAGUGGAAUACAAAACCAGUUGGGGUCCUUUGACUCAAUCACACCUAAGGGAGAUUGCUCUUCUCCGGACCACAAGAUCACAACCCAGUUCCCACUUGGACUUUUGCAAUCAGAGAUAACAGCAAUGGCCUCCAACUGGAGGGCUAGUGCAUCUUGGUAUUCUCACCCAGUAUAUGCAAGAUACUGGCAACAUUAUCAUCACGCAAUGCUUUGGAUGCAGGGCCACCAGAAUGCCUACAGAAAGUUCAGGGAUUCCUAUUUCACAUCCCCGUGGCUCUUCCCUCAUGGAGCUCUUCCCUGGAACUCUCCUGCUUAUGAGGCUGGGCAUCCUUGGGACUCUCAAGGCCAGCACAUGGCGCAGCAGGAGUCUCCCUACCGUGUUUCCCAUCCCAAAAGCCCUGGGCAGCCUCUGCGUAAUAGCAGUAGAACCCAGGCAUCCACAAGAGGGAAUGAAGCACGGUGUGAGGAGGAAGAGCUGGAGUCAGAUUCAGAUGAUGAAGUAGAGUGCGACCUGAGCAAUAUGGAGAUCACCGAGGAGCUCCGGCAGUACUUCGCGCAGACCGAGAGGCACAGAGAGGAGAGAAGGCGACAGCAGCAGCUGGACGCAGAGCGCCUGAAUGACUAUGUGAAUGCGGACCAUGGCCUGUACUUCAACCACCGUAGGUCACUGGAACCCCCAUCUGAGAAGCCCUGGGAGCGGCGCCAAGCAGAGAUGAAGCGCUUAUAUGGCAACAGUGCUCCCAAGAUCCUGGCCAUGGAGACUGCUGUACAGCUGAGCUUUGACAAGCACUGUGACAGAAAGCAACCAAAGUACUGGCCUGUCAUUCCCCUGAAGUUCUGAGUCCUGGGCACCGGGACCCUAGGGAAUGCAUCACAGUUCCUAGCCUCUCCCUCUUCAUCUCUUCUGGACAUUUUUCAGAGAAAGAGGCCUGUAUACCAACAUGGUGGAUACAGUCUGUCAACAGGAGAGAGGUAUACUGUUGCCAACACAAGGAAUGUUCACUGACAAAGUGAUAAUUUAUGUAUUGUACUGGCUCUUGGUUUUCUCUUUAACAGUCCAGUUCAUUGAAAUUAUUGCCUAGCAAUACUGCCUAUUGUUUUGCAUUUUUAAUGUCCUUCUUUAAACCAUCCAGAAUGUCAUAAAAGCCUUAAGCCACGUGUCAUUUAUUCCUACAUUUUUAUUAGAUAUUUUCUUUAUUUAUAUUUUAAAUGUUAUCCCCUUUCCUUGUUUCCCCUCCUUUAAAAGCUCCCUAUCCCCUGCUCCCCAGCCCACCCACUCCACAUCCUGGCCCAGACAUUCCUACAUUUUUAGGCCAGUUUUCAUACAGUGCAUGCUAGCUACAAACUUAAAAUCUUCCUGCUUCCACCUCCCAAAUGCUCGUUUGCAGGUUUGCACUGCCCACACUGAGCUUCUGUCCACGUAUUUUCUGUGACUUUUUCUGUGGACCCCUCUGAAAACCAUGUAAGUGAACAGUAAAAGAAGUGGCACUGUGCAAGGUGUGGUAGCGCACGCCUUUAAUCCCAGCACUCCGGAGGCAGAGGCAGGAGGAUUUCUGAGUUCGAGGCCAGCCUGGUCUACAAAGUAAGUUCCAGGACAGCCAGGGCUAUACAGAGAAACCCUGUCUUGGGGGGAAAAAAAAGUGGCACUUGUUAUUCUGCUAGGUGUCAGCCCGCAUGCUCUAUAAGACCUGAGAGUAAGUACUCUGGGCUUGGCAGGCCAUGUUGUCUCAUAACUGCCUAACCCUGUCUUUAUAGCAUAAAAACAGCCAUAGUUACUGAAUAAACAAAUGAAUGUGACUGUGUUUCAAUAAAAUUUUAUUUGUAAAAAAAAAUAAAAUAAAAUAAAACAGGCU